CCUUCACAAGUACCUGUCAGGAGGAUCACUGUCCCCAGUCUAUAGACACCUGAAGUUCAGAGUCAGCCAGUGACUUGCCCAAGAUCACCCAGCUACAAAAUGGCAGAAUCUGGGCUGGAGGGAGGACUCUCGUGGGGUGGAAGAGCCACAGUCCAUGUUAAAGUAUCUGGGUUUGGAGGCUGUACUUCACAAAACUGAGAUCCUGGCUCGCAAACAGGGCUUGAGGCUCCGGCCCUCGCUCUGCCACCAAAAACCUCUGAGACAAGAGGAAACUGCUUUUCUGAGCCUCAGUUUCCUUAGCUGCACAAUGUGGCUGCCAAGACUUGUUCUCCUCCCAAAGGGUUGUGGUGAACUUUAAAAUCCUGUGAAAGUGAUCCGAACCACAGCACAGUGGGUACAUGGGAAAGUCGUUGCUCUUGUGGCAUUCUGCACAUCUACUGAGACUCAGAUUAGCUCCCUAAGGAGGGAGUGGGAUGGGACUCCCAUCAGGCUCUGGAAUAUGUAGAUAAUCAUCUUUCUGCAUCUUUCCUUCCUCAGCUGCCCCUGGGGGCAGCUAGAGAAGAAGCUGGACAGGCCUGGGCUCAUGCUACCUGCAUGAGGUGGAUGCCAGGGCUGUGGCUCUGGGAGCACUAACCCCCUCCAGGGAACCCACUUUACACAAUAGCAGAGGCAGCAGAGGUUGGCAGGGAGACAAGAUUUGGACUCUUCGGCAGGGAGGCACUGAUGGCAUUUCCUGAGCCUCAGGUAUGCGGGGUCUGUACUUCAGGGGAGCUGCUCCUCAGGACUAAGGAGGGGGAUGGGGUGUGAGGAGUCUUUCAGCAAAUACCAUAGAAAGCAUCUGCCUCGAUGCUCUUAGUUUGCAUGCGGGGAAAGGAGGCACCAAUCUGUCGUUAACAGCAGAGCCACUGAACACAAGUGUGCAAGCGUUGAAAGGGCACUGGCCUAGGCGGCAGGAGUCUCAGGGUCAAGAUCUGGAUCUUAUACCAACUAUGGGUAGCUCUGGACAAAAUCCGUUCCCUCUCUGGCACUUAGUUUCCUGCUCUGCAAAAGUAGGGUUAGGCUGGCAUCUCGAAGGGCCCUUCCAGCUCUGACACUGUCAUUUUAGUAGACGAGUCACAGCACCCAAGAACGGAGUGCUGAAAACGUGAAAGGGAAGGUCUCGGGGUUUGUAGUUCACCGAACUUCGCCAGAGGGCCAAAGAUGCUUCCGUUGCCACGGUAACCGCCCAGCCGGCGUGGUCUCCGGCGUCCCGCUGAGGAAGCUGGGAAAAACCCUGCCCUUACCAAGAUGGCGGCGGCCACAGGGCAAGAGGCGGGGUUGAGCGUUGUCUCCUGUCCAGACCUUUCCUCUGUUUCCGCUUUUUCAUGCUAACGGCGAGCUUCCGUUAAUACUUGUUCUCUUUCCUGGUUCUGGGAGCCCCGGGAGCCGGGGAGAGAGGAAUUGCCUGCUGGGAUUGGGGCAAAUACCCAGGCGGGGAAGGCGGGACUUCCGCCUCCUGCCGGAAGUGACGCGACAGUCGCGGCCGCCGACAGGUGGAACGGCAGUUCCCCAUUCCCCUGCCGAGCUGGACAGUUAUCCAGCCCACCUCAACUCUCGGAACCAUGUUUGCAGACUUGGACUAUGAUAUCGAAGAGGAUAAACUCGGAAUCCCCACCGUGCCUGGGAAGGUGACCCUGCAGAAGGAUGCUCAGAACCUCAUCGGGAUCAGCAUUGGAGGAGGGGCCCAGUACUGCCCCUGCCUCUAUAUUGUCCAGGUGUUUGACAAUACUCCAGCAGCCCUGGACGGCACAGUGGCAGCUGGCGAUGAGAUCACCGGUGUCAAUGGCAGGUCGAUCAAAGGAAAAACUAAGGUGGAGGUGGCAAAGAUGAUUCAGGAGGUGAAGGGGGAGGUGACUAUCCAUUACAACAAGCUGCAGGCGGACCCCAAGCAGGGCAUGUCCCUGGACAUUGUGUUGAAGAAGGUCAAGCAUCGGCUGGUGGAGAACAUGAGCUCGGGGACUGCGGACGCCCUGGGCCUGAGCCGGGCCAUCUUGUGCAAUGAUGGGCUUGUCAAGAGGCUCGAGGAGCUGGAGCGGACGGCUGAGCUGUAUAAAGGGAUGACAGAACACACCAAGAACCUUCUACGGGCUUUUUAUGAGCUGUCACAGACACACCGGGCCUUCGGGGACGUGUUCUCUGUGAUCGGGGUGCGGGAGCCACAGCCGGCUGCGAGCGAGGCUUUUGUGAAGUUCGCCGAUGCCCACCGCAGCAUUGAGAAGUUCGGCAUCCGGCUGCUGAAAACCAUCAAGCCGAUGCUGACGGACCUGAACACGUAUCUCAACAAAGCCAUCCCGGACACUCGCCUCACCAUCAAGAAGUACCUGGACGUGAAGUUUGAGUACCUGUCAUACUGCCUGAAGGUGAAGGAGAUGGACGAUGAGGAAUACAGCUGCAUCGCCCUAGGGGAGCCCCUGUACCGCGUGAGCACAGGCAACUACGAGUACCGCCUGAUCCUGCGCUGCCGCCAGGAGGCCCGCGCCCGCUUCUCCCAGAUGCGCAAGGACGUGCUGGAGAAGAUGGAGCUGCUGGACCAGAAGCACGGCAGCCGCGGCCACUGUGCGUCUGCCGGCCCUCCUGCCCCAGUCCAGGACAUCGUGUUCCAGCUGCAGCGCUUCGUGUCCACCAUGUCCAAGUACUACAACGACUGCUACGCGGUGCUGCGUGACGCUGACGUCUUCCCCAUCGAGGUGGACCUGGCCCACACCACGCUGGCCUACGGCCUCAACCAGGACGAGUUCACCGAUGGGGAGGACGAGGAGGACGAAGACGAUGAGGACACAGCACCUGGGGAGCCGUCCAGGGAUGCACAAGGGGCUGCCGGGCCCUUGGACAAGGGUGGGAGCUGGUGUGACUCCUGAGUGCCCCCGAGGGGUGCCGAUCUGGGGGGUAGGGGCGUGGGAGGACGUCAGCCUGGGAGCGGGGGCAGGGCCACCGCACGACAGGGUGGCGCAUAAAGGCCUGCUGGCUUGGGGCGCCUGCCUCCCUGCUACUCUGUCCUAGCACAAUGAGCCCGGGCUCCUGCCCAGGAAUGGCAUGGGGGCUGUGGCCUGGCACCUGGACACCGGCCCCCUCUCCCUUCCCUGCCUCCCUGGCCAGAUGGAGAGCUUGGUCUCGGGACCUGCCUUAGGAAUUAGAGAGAGGGCAGAGAGGAGGAGGGGUUGGAGGUGGCAGGAAGUCCAGGACCCGUUCCUCAUGGGCACCUCCACUGGCCCCACCUGGAGCCUCCUGGGAGCGGGGGCCCAGGAUGGCCAGCUGAGGUUGGGGCCAUGUGUCAUGUGCCCCCUCACAGGCCCCGGGCCGGCCCCGCCCCAGUCCACACUCACACCUCGGCGGCCUUUAUUUAUUUUAUUCCCCUAGCUCCGCCCCUUCCCAGGGGGAGGGCUGGGUGCUGGGCCUGUAUUGAAUAAACACAAACCCAGAUGGA